CUCCACUGGCGGCUUGAAUGAAUAAUUUAUCCGGUUUGCCUCAAAAUGUAAUCACCAUUCAAUUGCCUUUCCAACAGUCGAGUUUAGUGAUCGAGAUGCUGAACAACGUUUGUAGAGUCUGCGGAAGGCAGAAGAUCUGUGAGAAGAGCCUGAAUCUCUUCGAUUUGGUCAACCGAAAAUAUCUAAAGCACUUGCACAUGAUAAGCGGACUAAGAUUGGUGGAGUUGGACGAUGUUCCUGGUUUCAUGUGCCUUUGCUGUCAGGCGGAACUCAGAUCGGCAUUGGCAUUCCGGAAACUUUGCAUCAAGACCCAAACUAAAUGGCUAGCCAUCGAGGACGACUCUUCGUCGGGAGAUGAAGAUACCAAUGCCAAUUCGGAGCUGGAAUCGAAACAAUGCGCAUUCAGCCAUUUUGGGAAAGAGAAAGAAGGCGAGUUGAUUGCAGAAACCUUUCAGGUACUGAUUGAAGAGGAACCCAUAGACAAAACUCUGAUUCGAGAUGCGGAAGCGCAGCUGAGGGAAGAUGGAGUAGAUGAGAAGUGUGUACCGCCACAAAAGGUUCUCAAAGUAUCAACCAAACUGGAUGAUCAGAUUUACAUAUGCGAGCUGUGCGGGACUCAUGCCACAUCGAAACCCACUUUCCAACGCCACAUGAGAAAACACACAGGCGAACGACCAUUUGGCUGCAAGGACUGUGAUGCCAGGUUUCUCUCUGCUGGCGAACUACGUGCCCACCACCGUGUCCAUACCGGAGAGCAACCGUUUGCCUGUCGCUUCUGCGAGAAGCGGUAUGUCAGUUACAUGGGCCGGCUGAUCCACGAGCGGACUCACACCAACGAUCGACCCUAUGUGUGCGAAGAGUGUGGCAAAAAGUUCACCACUGCCUAUGUCCUGAGGAACCACAUGGUCAUCCACACGGGCGAGAGGAAUUUCCGGUGCGACAUUUGCGAUCGCUCCUUCCAGAGAAAGGCGCACCUGAUAACGCACACCAGAUCUAUGAUGCACGUCCAAAAUGUCAAGAAGCAGAAGUCAUGAGGGAUUACAUAGCUCGAGCCAUC